CACACAAAGGUCACCAUCCAAGCAGAGCAUGAAAACCAUUCACCCUGGUAUCCUUCUGCUAUAUCUGCUGGGCUGCUCAGGGUAUCCAGCUUUUGACUAUGAAGAAGAUGUUAUCAGAUCAGCUCUGAAUGCUUCCCUUGCACAGCUGAAUGAUGAGUCCAGGGGUACAAAGUUGCUCAGAAUAACAAGAAGCAGAGUAAUGAGAGUGUCAUAUCCAAGAGUUGCUGACAUAGACCUUGAAAUAAUAAUGGAAUUCAGUGUACGUGAGACCAUCUGCAACAAGAAUUCUGCUCGUGACACCACAACAUGUGACUUUAGAAUGGGGAGUCAAAUGGAGGCUUCCUGCAGAAGCCAAGUGCUAAUCUCCAAUGGCAAACCUAGAGUUUUAAAUGCAUAUUGUCCCCCAUCUUCAGGCAGCUCUGAAUCACACAGCAGUGAAGAGCUGUUAUGGAGGAUCUGGAGCCCAGCUAGAAGCUUACUACAAGAUGAAGAAAGAUUUCCCUCACAAUGGGAUCCAUAUGGACGGAAGAAUCAGAAGCCUAACCCUCGAUGGGAGGAGGAACACUGGGAUUCUCGGAGCUGGCAAUAAAUCUAAUGAUGAAAACAUUUUUCUCCAUACAACUCUGGAUGGAUGAAUUUGCAUGUCUUUACAGAUAUCAGAAUUUUAACAGAAAAGUGAACUUUCUGAAUAAUUGUACAAUAAAAUACACCAAAGCACUUUCAA